UUCAGUUUGUUUUUAGUAGAAACGAUAAGCAUUUGUGCCGCAGUGAGAUUUUUUCGGGUUUUCUUUUCAGGCAGUUUUUACAGCUAUUCGAACCGAAUAUCUGAUCGAACCACCCUGUGGUGAGGAACUCACGGACUGGGUGCACACCGAUGAAGAAACUCGUGUUGCAUAUAUCAGUGCUGUGGUGGAAGCAUUAAAAGAUAAUCCACAGCGAAUGCGCGAAAUGCUUGUGAACGAUAUUCGAAGAAGUACAGCAUCGCAUAAACGAAAAGCGAAUCGUCAGGUAGAUGCGUCUCGCGCCAAAAAAAGCGAACCAAUUCGUCGUCGAGCAUCGGAUCUUUUAAAUGCAUUCUCGUCAACAGCUGUUUUGAAAGAAGAUAAUGAGCGUGCCACGGAAGAGUUCAUACGUAUGAAUUUAUCAGAGUUGGAUGAUGAGGGCGAUUCAACGCAGGAACUGAAGUCUUGCCGGCGCUUGGACAAAACGAUGUACGCUCAGACAUCUGCUGUAGAACCAACGAAAUAUUGGACAAAACGACCAGCCGUUGACAGAUUAAAUCCGGAACGACUGUGUGCUGUUGAGCGAAUAGUGAGUGGUGAGGUGGAGAGGGAGAAAACGCGCGAACUCUAUCGCAGUAAACAACGGAUGGCAAAUAUUUUAACACGAAAAAUGGAUAAACGCGAUAUCGAUGAGAUGGAACUGAAACUGGAGCAAACUGCUAUGGGACUUUUGUUCAACAAGGAACAAUUUCGAGUUCUUACCUCCAAAGAACAAAAGGUUGUUUGUGCGAAUGCGGCAGCAGCUCGUCAAACUGUUAGUGAAGGCUUUAAGCGUGACGAUGAGAAAUACAAGGAUAUUGACGAGAAACUUGCAAAAGCAGAUUCUUUGUUGAAAAAUCAAAAUUUGGCAGGCGUUGAUAUCGUCUCGAGAAUGAAAAUUCAAAACGGAAUGACCACUGGUAGCCGAUCUCCUAAAUCCGGAAAACCGCCUCCACCUUUACCUUCAAAGAAAACUGCUUCGGACGAGAACUCAUCAGUGUCGCAAACCGAAGAUCAGAAUAAUGCAGCUGUUCGUUAUUCUUCACCACGGCCAUUUUCAAUGCCUGUUCUGGAAUCAACAUGCUACGACAGUGUGAAUGCUCGUCGCCAAAUCAACUGCCAAUUAUGCUCCGAAGUGGUGUAUUUAGCCGAGCGAAUGCAAGUGGAAGGAAUGUUCAUCCAUAAAAAAUGCUUCCGUUGUGCAUUUUGUGGACAACCGCUACGCUUGGGAAAUUGCGCACAGGAUCGAAAUCUUCACGAUUAUAAUCCCAGGUUGGCGACACCACGUUUCCUAAAAUUUAUCCUUAAAUGA